CAAUACUUCGAUCGCCUUCAAUCAUCGUAAACAACAUCGAUGGCGCCGAAGCCGAAUCCGCCACCAAAAGAAGACACAUGGGCUUUCCAGCCGAUUGGUUCACCGUUCCCGCCGAGUCCUGUCAAAUGUAUGGGAGAGCAGAACAUGUAUGUUGCUCUCUGGUACAAACAUGGUAAACCAAUUCAUGGACGUUCCUGGAACAACGGAGGAGUGGUUGAAUGCUCAUUCCCAUACAAGCAGGCAGAGUUGACGACCAAGCAACAGCUCGAGGGACAAAUUCAGGUGCUCCAGUAUGUCGGAGAUCACAACAACCAAGGAUUCUGGUAUGAAUGGAUCAAAUACAAGGAUCGUAUUGAGAAGAUCGACGACAAACAUCAACUUGUUCGCUGUGGAGAUUCGUUCCCAAUCUUCUGGAAGAGAAAGGAAGGCAAUCUUCUUGGAUACGUUGACAAUAAGACGGAGGAAGGAUGGUUCUCGUUCAAUGGCAAGGUGAUCAAACAAGUCGGUCCACAGUUGAAUGAAAUGUACAUCAUCACUCGCAACUGCAUCGGAGGACCACCACACUGCGAAUGCGAGAACUGUCCUAAACCACCACCACCACCACCAAUCCCACCACCGGGCCCACCACCACCACGUGUCAUACACGACGAAUGGAUCGAUAUCCGAGAGGGAGAUCCAUGGCCUACUCGCAAGCUUGUUCAAGCUUUGGAUAAGUCUUUGGAUACUCUUCCAGGAGUCAGUGCCGAUCAAUAUGUUGCCUUGUGGUACAUGCAGGGUGAACCUGUUAUGGGUCGUGUCUGGAAUGAGGGAGGAAAGGUUGCUGCCAACUUCUCUUGGUUCAACAACGAAUACUGCAAGAACGUUGGAUCCAUUCAAUUGCUUGUUCGUCUUGGACCACACGUCGUUGGAUACGAGUAUGGAUGGAUUCCAUUCCCAGAAGCUGCCAACUUUGAUGCUGGAAAGAUCUGGAAGCCAGUUCACGUUAACAACCACAAGGGAGACAUCUCAGUUGGAGUCGUUAACCUGCCAGGCGGAAAACAGAUCCUUGCCAAGGUUGAUGUUCGCAACGAGUCGUACGGAUAUGGUUACCAAGGAAAGGAACACUCGGCUCGUGGACCAGCUUGUGCCUCCAGUGUCACAGUUCUUUGCCGCAAGGCAUUGCCAGGAUACACCCUCGACGGAUAGAAUAUGUGAACUCUCAAGUUCUGUAGAAUAAAAAUUUGAAAUUUGGAU